GUCCGACUGUUAUCGUGCUUCGGAGUGUAGCGGGAACUAUCUUGUUGUUGUGUCAUCUUUGUACAUUCAACAGCUGGGUGGCACACCCAACAAAAACUUGCUUCUGUGACGUUUCAAAAGAGAUGGAAGUUGGGCUGCUUUGAAAUAAGCUUACCGUGCUAUUAGGAGUCCAUUUAUCCCAAUUGUCAUGGAUUUUAAUGUCAAGCGGCUAGCUGCAGACGCGGGUACCUUCCUGAGCCGUGCUGUACAAUUCACAGAGGAGAAGUUCGGUCAGGCUGAGAAGACUGAGUUGGAUGCCCAUUUGGAGAAUCUUUUGGUAAGAGCUGAGGCCACCAAACAAUGGACCGAGAAGAUUAUGAAGCAAACCGAAGUCUUAUUACAGCCCAACCCAAAUGUCCGACUGGAAGAAUUUGUGUAUGAGAAACUGGAAAAAAAGGCCCCGAUACGAAUGAACAACCAUGAACUGUUGGGCCAGUCCAUGAUUGACUCAGGAAAUGAAUUUGGUCCUGGCACUGCAUAUGGAAAUGCUUUGAUAAAAUGUGGCGAAACCCAGAAGCAGGUUGGCGGCGCAGAGCGAGAGUUAAUUCAAAGUUCUGCCAUCAAUUUCCUGACCCCUUUCAGGAACUUUCUGGAGGGGGAUUUCAAAACAAUCCUGAAAGAACGGAAGCUGCUGCAGGUCAAACGCUUGGAUCUGGAUGCAGCCAAAACAAGACUCAAGAAGGCCCGCAUGGCAGAUGCUAGAGCUGUGGCAGAACAGGAGUUGAGGAUGACUCAGAGUGAAUUUGACCGUCAGGCUGAGAUCACCCGACUGCUGCUAGAAGGCGUCAGCAGCACCCAUGCACACCACCUCCGCUGCUUGAAUGACUUUGUGGAGGCUCAGACAACAUACUAUGCUCAAUGUUACCAGUAUAUGGUGGAUCUGCAAAAGCAACUGGGAAGUUUUCCUUCAUCAUUCUCCAAUAACAACCAGUCGUCAGUGUCUGAAACGGCCAGCAUCUCAGUGCCGACCAUACCAGUGUCAGCGUCCCUGCCCAGCUCUUCUAGCCGUGGCGGCUCAGCCACAUCAGGUGGCUUCAGUGAAUUACGUAGCUCCAGCGGCAGCCGCAAUGCGAGGGUCCUUUACGAUUACGACGCCGCGAGUAGCAGUGAACUUUCCCUGCUGGCUGAUGAGGUGAUCACAGUCAGCAGCGUGCCUGGCAUGGACUCAGACUGGCUGAUGGGAGAGCGAGGCAGUCAGAAGGGAAAAGUGCCAAUCACCUACCUGGAACUACUUAACUGAAACAUGCAAAUAGCCCCUUCAGUUGUGAGCUUACAUUGCCUUGUCAGGAGUUACUUCCUCUUCCAUUCAGUUUAUUUAUAUAUAUAUAUAUAUAUAUAUAUAUAACACGCACGCACACAAAUACAUACAUACACACAAAGGCUCUAUUUAAGUGGGGACAUUUGAACUGGUUGAAGCUGGAAUCAAUUCAUUUAAUUGAAGCGAGGGGAAAUGGAGCUGAUGUUUUUAUGCAACUUCCUUACAUUUCAAAAAAAACAAGAAGCCUCUCUUCCAUGCCUUUUGUAUUUGAUGCUAAGCAAUUUGCAGUACGUGCCAGAACAGCUCCCAAAGGUUUCCAUGCAUUUCUUUUUGUUUACAUUGUAUGUCAUCUCACCUGGAGGCCUAAAUGUGUAAGUUUUGGGUCUCUCUACUUCCCCCACUGCUAGCACCAAGUACAGUGCCAUUUAAAAAAAAUAAAUACACUUCAGCUUUAAGUACAUUGAUUACCUUAUGGUGCAGUUAUGGAUAACCUAAACAAUAAUAGGUUUAUGAUAUUGUUCAUGAAAUAGUAGUGGGGAAAAACAGCUUGUGACAUAUUACAUAUGUGAACAGUUUGAACAAUUAGGUGUCAGGCAUAAGUAGCCUAUGAAAUCACAUUUUUAUUUUAAAAAAAUAUAUAUAUAUAAAAUCAGUUAUUGUCUUGGCACCAAUACCAACCGUAUUGUGAUAGUCAAUUCAUUCUCCUGUUACUUGAUAUUUAUUGCUAAUUGGAAAACUAAAUUUUCAUAUAUCUGUAGGAAAUUGUCAACCCAUAGCUAGUUUAUGAGAUUAAGUUAUUACUGAGUUGGUUCUUGGCAAAUAUUUUGUUUUAUCGUAUGACGUAGUGAUUGCUUUGAUACUGAUGAGCGUGGCAUGGCUUACACCCUUCCUGAAACCUGAAUUGCAUCUCAACAUAUAAAUAAAAGUUGCUGCCUUUAAA